GAGAGGGGAUGGGCCAAAACACAAGCUGCUCCCAAGCUAACUCGAAGCCACGCUUCCCACAGGCCUCAGGCCCAAGGAAGCGACGCCAUUGACGCCGCCCCACGGCGCAGGCGCCACCCCUCGGCCCGCAUGCGCACUCAGCCCGCCGCGGCCUGAGGAAAUUUCCCUUUACACGCCUGCUGCAGCAGUCUCUUGGGUCUCCUCCUCCCUUCUCCAUUUUCCUAGUCCCUGCAGGACUUCACUGGAAUAGUAUUUGGAGAAAGUGUCAUGGAAGUCUUGCGCCCACAGCUUGUAAGAAUUGAUGGUCGCAAUUACAGGAAAAAUCCCAUCCAAGAACAGACUUAUCAACAUGAAGAAGAAGAUGAGGAUUUCUAUCAAGGUUCUAUGGAGGGUACUGAUGAGCCGUGUGAUGCCUAUGAGGUGGAGCAGACCCCACAAGGAUUCCGGUCUAUUGUGAAGGCCCCCAGCCUGCUCUACAAGCAUAUAGUUGGAAAGAGAGGGGACACUAAGAAGAAAAUAGAAAUGGAAACCAAAACUUCUAUUAGCAUUCCUAAACCUGGACAAGAUGGAGAAAUUGUAAUCACUGGCCAGCAUCGAAAUGGUGUCAUUUCAGCCCGAACUCGGAUUGAUGUUCUUUUGGACACUUUUAGAAGAAAGCAGCCCUUCACUCACUUCCUUGCCUUUUUCCUCAAUGAAGUUGAGGUUCAGGAAGGAUUCCUGAGGUUCCAGGAAGAAGUACUGGAGAAGUGUUCCAUGGAUCAUGGUGUUGAUAGCAGCAUUUUCCAGAAUCCCAAAAAGCUUCAUCUAACUAUUGGGAUGUUGGUGCUUUUGAGUGAGGAAGAGAUGCAGCAGACAUGUGAGAUGCUACAGCAGUGUAAAAAGGACUUCAUUAAUGACAUUUCUGGGGGCAAGCCCCUGGAAGUAGAGAUCGCAGGGAUAGAAUACAUGAAUGAUGAUCCUGGCAUGGUGGAUGUUCUUUACGCCAAAGUCCACAUGAAAGAUGGCUCCAACAGGCUGCAGGAAUUGGUUGAUCGAGUUCUGGAACGUUUUCAGGCGUCCGGACUAAUAGUGAAAGAGUGGAAUAGUGUGAAACUGCAUGCUACAGUCAUGAAUACACUAUUCAGGAAAGACCCCAAUGCUGAAGGCAGGUACAAUCUCUACACAGCAGAUGGCAAAUAUAUCUUCAAGGAAAGAGAAUCAUUUGAUGGCCGAAACAUUUUAAAGUUGUUUGAGAACUUCUACUUUGGUUCCCUAAAGCUCAACUCAAUUCACAUCUCUCAGAGGUUCACAGUAGACAGCUUUGGAAACUACGCCUCCUGUGGACAAAUCGACUUCUCCUGAGGUGGAUCUUGGAAAGCAGGAGAAAUUGAACAUCCUCACAAGAUGCUGAAGAAAAAUAGCUUCAUUUUAAUUGCCAAGGAGGGAUGUGGAAAUUUGGAUGGUGACUUCCCUGGGUGGUCCUCCAUGGACUCACCAUUGCCUCUGUUGGCUGUCCACGGUCAUCAGACUGUUAGCCAAGAGGAGAACUUGGCCUUGUUCUUUUUUAUUUUUUUUCCUUUAAUUUUUUUAUUGUGGUAAAAAUAUAUAACAUAAAAUUUACUGUCUCAGC